UAAUGUAAAAAAUAAACAGCAGAGCAAGUGUUGGUUGAGAUAUAAAUUGUAACGAAUUUUGGAUACUAUAUUUACUGAGAAAGGAUAAAAAUACGAAGGUUAAAGUUCCGAAAAAAGGAGAAAUGAGUGGUGAAAGUGAUGAUAUUUGUGUGCUUUCAUCUGUGGGAGAAGAUUCUGCUGAGAAUUCAGUAGAUUGCUCAGCUAACAUAAAUUCUAAGGAACACAAUGAAACUCGUGAUACAUGUGACGAUUUGACCCAAAAGGAGCAAAGGGAAACGCUUUACAUUCAAACUCGUCGGAAAUUGAACAAAGUCAAUCGCAUUUCCAAGAGCACUCUGCCACCAGCCCCGAGAACUCCUUCUAAAAGUGGAGUCAUCCUAGAAUCCAGUCUUGGAAAAUUCAAAGACAUCCAAGCUAUCUUUGAGAAAAAUAUUUUCAAUAGUAAAAAGACACCGGGAUCUCAAUCACGGAUUAAAUUGUCGCCAAAUAAUAUAACUAAAAAAUUUUCUGAUUACUUUUCCCUUCACAAAUCUCCUCGUCGCUCAUUGAAUUUCUUGGAAGUUGAAAAAAUGCCAGAUCCUAAAUUCAAAUCCGAGGAAAUUUAAAAAAAUGAUUUAUAAAUAAAUGCAUGAAUAAAUAAUUAAUU